ACACUCGCCGUGCCUGUCCGCCAGCUGUCGGUGGCCUUCUCCCGGGACCAGGAGCACAAGGUGUACGUGACGCACCACCUGCGCGAGCACGCCGCCGACGUGUGGCGAAUCCUGGGCGAGCAGCACGGCAACGUGUACGUCUGCGGCGACGCCAAGAGCAUGGCGCGCGAUGUCAACCACCUGCUGACGGAGAUCUGCCGGGAACGCGGCGGCAUGAGCCAGGACGAGGCCGACAAGUACAUCAAGACGAUGCGUUCGCAGAAGCGCUACUCGGAGGACGUGUGGAGCUAGGUGGCGGGCCGCCUAGACGUGCGGAGGGCAGGUCCCGGCCGAGACUGUCAGGCCAGGUCGCGGCCUGGUCAAGGUCAGGUCACGGUCAGGUCGCGACCCGGUCACGACCAGGUCACGGCCUGAUCACGACCUGGUCAUGGUCAGGUCGCGGUUUGAUCACGGCCUGGUCAUGAUCAGGUCGCGACCAGGCCACGGCCAGCCCACGGUCAGGUCAAGACCUGGUCACAACCAGGUCAUGGCCAGGUCACGGCCUGAUCACGGCCAGAUGAUCAGGUCGUGGUCAGGGCAUAUAAUCGCGGCCCGCCGGCGACCGGCUCAGGGCUGAGGCGGCGGCAGGCGUUCAGUUACGGCGGCCCCGGGGCGCGUUGGCCGGGACGGGCGGGUCGCCGGCGCCGGGGGCUCGAGAUUCGACGGGAGCCCGCCGGCGCUGUGGCGUAGUAACGGGACCGCUCAACGGCAGCCUGUAGUCGGUAGUCCUGUUGGCCCGCGCGCCGACUGCGGCGCCGAUCGAUUGGCAUCUUCUCUUGAUUUUCUGCAGAAUACCGGCUGGCUUCAGGUGUACCCAGUAGAGAAUAGGGAUUGUUAUUGUCGUAUGAAAUGACCAUGUCACGUCCCGUGAUGUGUAGGAAUACUAUAUUAAUACAGCGGCACUGCGGCAUCGCCACCGAUCCGCGCCAGCAAUGAAAAACAA